UGGCGACGCAUUAUAAAAACAAAAUAACGCUUUUGCAAAAUACCUUUUGAUAUCUCCUAUAGAAUAUGCCUAAAAGUAAAAUCAGCGCUGUGUGGGAAGACAGGGAGGUCCUUUUCGACCUCCCGUUCUCGUAUUUAAAAUUAAGACCCGGCGAAAAAAUAUUCGACAGAAUUGAACCUAUAGAAGACACGAAAGGAAACAGCGGAACCAAAGGGAGAAUGGUGGUCACCAAUUUAAGGAUAAUUUGGCACUCAUUGGCAUCGCCCAGAAUUAAUUUGUCCAUCGGUCUGAACUGCAUAUUGUCGACUAGUACAAAAAUAGUAAAUUCAGGGCUAAGAGGCACCACUCAAGCCCUGUACGUACUGGCCGCGUAUAAGACCAGCCGAUACGAAUUCAUAUUUACGAACCUGUCACCCAACUCUAUCAGACAUUAUACGUCUGUUGUCGGCGUGCAUAAGGCAUACGCCAAUUCUAGAAUGUACAGAGACCUCAAACUUCGCGGUGCUAUUGUGCACAACAAACAGUUACGCAUGUUACCUCUCGAGAAAAUUAGUCUCAAUGAGCACAGCAUCUGGAACUUGUCGACUGACUCCGGCAACCUCGGCACGAUGCUGGUGACGAAUGUACGCGUCGUCUGGUACGCAGACGUGAACGAGGCCUUCAAUGUAUCCAUGCCAUACAUCACCAUUGAAAGCGUAUCAGUUCGCGACUCCAAAUUUGGCGAAGCCCUUGUGUUCGUCGUCCGUCCGACGUCCGGUGGUUACGUGCUGGGCUUCAGAGCAGACCCUCCAAACAGACUGCGUCCACUACUGGCCGAACUGCAAGCUCUGCACCAAGCUUACUCUGAGAGACCAGUAUUUGGAGUCGAGAUGACUUGGGACCAUGAGUGCCCAAAAUCAAUAACAGACGACAUAGAUGAAUUGGAAGAAAUCGGCGAACCCCGCGGCGAAAUGGGACCAAAUUUAUACUUGGCGUCACAACUAGCUCAGAACAAGCCAGAAGGCGAACUGCAACCGAUGUACAGUUCUUAUUUAGGACUGGCUAUAGAACCGUUGAAGGAGGGAUUCACAUUAAAAAGUUUAUUUGAAGUACAAUCUACCUCAUAAUAGUGAAGUUGAAGAGGACUGUAUACAACUGUACUGUACUGUUAUUUACCAAUUGUACCAUAGAUUAAGAAUACCACACCCUAUUACCCGUUAACUGUCCACUGCUGAACAUAAGCCUCUGCCAUAAGAGGGAUUUUGCCAGCAGUUACCACGCUUAGCAGGCGGGUUGACAACCGCACAUGUACACCUUUCUUAAGAGUCCAGAGUUUAGAAGAAAAUAACCUUAAACACGCCGUCUACAUGUUUCUAUUUAAUCACAGAUAUAUUAUGUUGGAAAUAAAUAUUUUGAAAUUUUCA